AUGAGUAGUGAUUCAGAAGAUUCGUCUACCAUUGAUGAAAAUAUUUAUCAAGUGUCAGAUCUAUAUAAAUUAUAUCGUCCAUUAUGGGUUGCAAAGAGUAUAGAUCAAAGUUAUUUAAAUAAACAUAAAAUUUUCAGAACAAUGUGUGAUUUCAAUAUAACGCAUGGUUUUUUAAUGAAGAAUUUGUUGAAAAGAAAGAUAAAACUUAAGGAUCUACAUGCAACAAAGAUAAAGAAUAUCGAUGGUCUCAUCAUAACAACCACGGAAGAAAAUGAACAAUUAUAUUAUGGGGCAGUAAGAAAUAAUUUGAUAGAAUUUUGUCCAAUUUCGUCUAUAGCAUGUUAUUUAUUUUCAAGGUUUCAUAUAGCUGAUGAACAUGGAGCUUAUGAAUUUAACGAAUCAAACAUAAUUAACUUGCUUGAUGAGAUUUAUUUGUUAAAGGGUAAUAAUAAACUUAAUGCAAUAUCAUACUCACAACAACACAAAUCAGCAAUAAAUGCAUUGAGUUUAAGUGGUCUCAAUUAUAAAGACAUCAAUUUAUUAAAACUUUUAACUACUCAUACAUUUGAAAUCAAAGAAAAAUUACAAUCAAAUUCUCCUAAAAAUUUACCACUCAACCUUAUUUUUAAAUUAUCAGGGUUCAACUCAAUUGAAGACUACCAUAUCGAAAGAGAUUUAAUACAACCACCGGAAGCUCUCACAAGAAAGAUUUUCCCUUUUAUAAACAAUUUAGAUGAUUCCAAUCAAUUCAAGCAGUUAAUUUCGUUGUUAAGAAUUUGUUUGUGUCAAGAUAUGAUCAUCAUUAAAUUUAAAUAUCCGCAAAACGCAAUAUCUACCCAUGCAAUUUUUAAUUCCGAAGAAUUUGAUGAAUAUAUUAAAGAGGUUCAGAGUAAUGGAAAGUUGAAUAGUAUAAUCCAAAAGAACUCAGUCUAUUCGAUAAUUGCUGAAGAUACGGAAAGUGAAGAUUCAUCUGGCCGCCGAUCAUCAGAUCGAUCAUCAGAUAAUAUAGCAAAUGAAAAGACUCAGAUAACGAGUUUAAAUAUGAAAAUUAUUCAAUUGAAUGAAAAGCUUGAAACUUUAUCAAAAGAGUCGUUGGAUCUUAAAAACUUAUUGAUAUCAUUUGUGGAAAAACAAACCGAUGUAUUUCAGAAACAAUCAGAAAACUUUCAAAUCAUACAAAAUUCAAUUAACGGGUUGAUUAUAUUGAUCUCCACCAAUAACAAAAAUUCCUUACCUUUAAUUCAACAGUCAUUAUCCGAAACGUCAAAUUUCAUAUCAAAUCAAGAGCAAAUGAAUAUAAAACUUGGGAUAAAUAACACUAUUGAAUUAUUAUCAAAAUUGAACCAAGAGCAACAUCAUCAACAAGCUCAUCAUCAAUUCCCACAUCAACUACAACCACAAUCAUUUUAUUCAAAAUCUCCAAGUAUGCCAAUUUUACCACCAAGAUCAGAUUCUUUGUCACCAGAAAAUCAAAGUUUAAAUGUAUCAAAUAUACCAUUAACACCACAACAACAAGAAAGGCAAAGAAUUUUGAAUAAAAGAUUAUCUAGACAAGCGACAACAUUAUUUGAAAUGUGGGAUGAUUUCAAAAAUUUGGAAAAAGAGUUGAAAGAUUAUGAUAUCACAGUUACUGAAUGGCUAAAAGUUCAUGGUUCUUCGGAGAGACAAUUUAGACAUACAAGAUUAAAAAUCAUAAAGUUUAUUGAAGAGGAAGCUGAGCGGAGAAAUUGUUCAGUUGAAUUGAUUAAAGAGAGGCUACAUAAUAAAAUGAGAAAUAGGUUGAGACCAUGGACUUUAGAUGAAGUUCAAAGAAUGUUAACUUCAGGUAACAAAAUUGAUUUAGAUGAUACUAGAUGA